AUGACAUCUACAGACGAUGAGCAUGCUGGGCAGGAAAGGGACGCUGAGUUGAUUGAGAUUGGAGGUAAGAGAGUAAGCAAGACUUCGACGGGCAAACGCAAGUUCCACAACAAGUCCAAGACUGGUUGCGACAAUUGUAAAAGGAGAAGAGUGAAAUGUGAUGAAGGCAAGCCGUUUUGUAAGAAAUGUACAAACAUGAAAUUGGAAUGUGUGUAUAGUCCCAUACAACCAAGAAGAAGAAAAGAUUCUUCGACAUCAAAAUUUGGUACCAUCAUCGAAGAUGGAAUGGACAGGAAGCAUUUAAAUGGUAAUACAAUCCUAUUACACCAACAGCAACAGAAGCUUUACCAUCAACAAGAGCAAGAGCAACUUCGUCAGCAACAGCACGUCCAACUACAGCAGCAGUUAUUACCGCAUGUAGGCACUGACGAGCAGGCUAAUGCGCCAACUAACAUCGCUCCGUCGGUAUCCAACAAUAUGGAAACUCUUUUAUUACCGCAUCUGUUGGCAAAUCUAGUAAACAACAGCAAUAGUAAUACUAACAGUAAUACAAACGGUGGUAGCGAACUACACAACAAUUUAACCCAAGCCGUGUCGAAUACAAUGAACAACAAUAACCAUGCAAACAUGACCAUACCGGGAAAUUCGCCUUUGAAUGUUCCAAUAACGCCAAGUUUUCAAUCAACAGCUAUGAAUUUGUCGAGCAGCCUUAACGGCUUAUUAUCACCAGGGAGGUUAAAUUCUAUAACAAGUGGAAUGCAGCAGUCGCAGCUUCCACAACAACAAUCGCAACUACCACAACAGCCAGGAACACAAUCCCCGUUCAAUAAUCUUCCCUUUGACCAGUUGGCACAAUUGAAUAAAAUGGGAUUGAAUUUCAAUAUGAAGAGUUUCAAUACUUUAUUUCCAUCCGGCGCUGCUAACGGAAUUGCUUCCGAGUUUCAAGAGUUAUUUGGGUUAAGCAAGUUUGCCACAUCUAACAAUAGAGCCAUCAAAGUCAGCACGGCAGAAGAAGCGUUGGCAAAUAUGCAACAAGAACAAGAGAGUAAAAACAAACAAUUCACAAAGAAUCCGCUGGACAAUACCAACACAAAUAUCGUCCACUCAGACAACAACCCACUUCGAGAAAACGAUAAUAAAGUAAACGGUUCUGAUACGCUCUCCAACAGCAAAAACUUGAUGAUUGACAAUACAAGUCUUUCAAUGAGUCCCACACACACGUUGACAAAAGCUACAAUAGAUCAAACAAUUGCAUCCCCUUCGACAGGAAUAUCUAAUGGAACUUCUACGAAAUCACUUUUGUCUAUAACGGACAAUAGAGCUUCUCUGAGGAAUUCUCCCACCCUAAAAACAUCACCAAUGGGUGAUCUAUUGUCACACUCGGAAACUUUAUCUCCACGCUCUUCACACUCUCACGCACACCAGCAUUCCUCCCCUCAUUCAAACACAUCAUCGACUUCACAUCUAAUUCCUGAAUUAGUUGGCUUAUCCAGAAAAUCAAACCUAAACUUGAUAGAUUUGAAACUUUUUCAUCACUACUGUACCGAAGUAUGGCACACCAUAACUGAAGCUGGCAUUUCCGGCCCGGAAGUGUGGAGUACAUACAUUCCUGAUUUGGCUUUCCAUUUCCCCUUCUUAAUGCAUACGAUUCUGGCCUUUAGUGCCACUCAUUUAUCAAGAACUGAAGCUGGCUUGGACAAUUAUGUAUCUAAUCACCGUUUAGAAGCAUUAAGAUUAUUAAGGGAGGCUGUCUUGGAAAUUUCUGAAGAUAAUACCGACGCUUUAGUGGCAAGUGCAUUAAUAUUGAUUUUGGAUUCAUUGGCAAAUGCCUCGAGUAGUUCACCCACUGCAUGGAUUUUCCACGUCAAAGGUGCUGUGACUAUCCUAACGGCAGUAUGGCCCCUAUCAGAAACUUCAAAGUUUUAUAAUUUAAUUUCUGUGGACUUGAGUGAUUUGGGAGAAGCCGUAGUCAAUCAAAGUAACAAUACCAACGAUAAUGACAGUAGUAAUAGUGGUGUUAACAACAGCAAUAACAAUACAAUAUCGGAACUGGUGUGCUUCGACGAAGGUAUAGCAGAUCUAUAUCCUGUAGAAAUUGAUUCUCCGUAUUUGAUAACAUUAGCAUAUCUAGACAAAUUGCAUCGUGAAAAAAAUCAAUUAGAUUUCAUGUUAAGAGUCUUUUCAUUCCCUGCUCUUUUAGAUAGGACGUUUCUAGCAUUAUUAAUGACAGGAGAUCUAGGCGCCAUGAGAAUAAUGAAAUCAUAUUAUAAGCUGCUAAGAGGUUAUACCACAGAAAUAAAAGAUAAGGUAUGGUUCUUGGACAGCGUAUCACAAGUAUUACCACAAGAUGUUGAUGAGUACAGUGGAGGUGGUGGUAUGCAUAUGAUGUUGGAUUUCUUAGGGGGCGGAUUACCUUCCAUGACCACCACAAACUUUUCAGCUUUUAUGUAA